GUCAAGGAUUAUCGAGCCUCUGCGCGGCCGCGGAAGCGAGAUAGGUGCGCGCCGCAGAGGCGCCCCCUUUUCUCUGCGCGCCAAGGUCGAGUCCGCGCGGCCUGGUGCUUGCAAGGUUGCGGCUCCCAACCCUCGGUCAAGUGAAGAUGAACAGGCCAGGCGGUAAAAGCACGCCAAUGCAGUCUUUAGUUGUCAGUGUCGGGCUGACGUUUCGUCAACCUGACUACGAUGUGCAUGCUUCGAGUUAUGGACGCACUGCCCCUUAACAUAUGUGCAGUCAACCAGCACGUUCUCGAUCGAACGAGAGGAUGGGCACCUCUGCCAUUCCCCGCCACCCUGCCCAAUCAAAUGCCUCCUCGGGCCCUUCCGACGCUGUGGCCGGGAAGGCCCGGGCGGAUGCGCGGGAAAAGCCUGUUGCUCUUCGGGGCGGGGAGGCGAAGGCCGCGCGAAUGGAAGGCGGGGGAGAGUGGGGAGGGCAAGAGGAGGAGGAGGAGGAGGAGGAGGAGGAAGGGGUGCUGGCCAUCGACGGCACAUGCAGCCCGCGCGCGCCGCGCGCGGGGGGGCGAGGCCCGCGAAGGGCAUCGAACAAUUAGUCUGCCCUGCUCUUCCCAGGGAGCACGCGCCAUCGCCGACGAUCGGGGGGGCCGCUGGGCCAGAUUGCCCCGACAAAAAAUCAGCCACAUCUCCCUCCUAAUCGAGAAGGUGGAACUCUGGAGCGGGUGGCCCCCUGGGUGCACCCGGCCCCGAACCCCGAGCGUCCGGGGCCCAUCAAGCGCAACGGCAAUCUCUGGGCGGUCGGCCACCACGCCGCCCCCAGAAGACAAAGCAGGCGCAGGAGGCUGGGGGCCGACCGAACUGGCUCUGCCGCAAAG